UGGCAUUCUUUCAGAAGUUAAUUUUUACAAAUUGCGAACUAAUGAAACCAACUUUUAAAAUAUUAAAGAUUACCAAUUCAAUGAAGAUUACAAAUUCAAUGAAGCCUUAUUGAAGUAGGCUUACUUAUUGAAGUAGUCAUGAUUCAUAAUGUUAGGUGCAAACAAUAUUUCUGGCUUCUGUUUCACAGUUUGCAAGUCCAAUUUUAUGUACUUAAGUAUCUAUCAACUUCAGGAUAUAUGGGAGCUCUUCCCUCUGGGAUUUUUUUUGGGGGAUUCACAAUACUCUAGAUCAGGAAAUCUCAAAUUUUAGUGUGGGUUAGAGUCAUCAGGAGGCUUAUUAAACACAGAUUGCCAGGUCCUACCCAUAGAGUUUUUGGUUCCAAAGGUGUCUUUGUAUCUCUAAGAAGUUCCCAAAUGGCUUUCAAGCUGCUGCUCCUCUGGUACACAACCUUUGAGAACACUUCCCUAGACAGUCAGGUGAUAUCUGCCAUGAUAAAUAUUAUGGGUAUCACUUAAUAAGUAGCAAACAUAACAAAUAAAUACACACUGCAAUAUUAAAUAGUUUGGGCAGGGAGCCUCAUUGAAAGGGUGAGAGUUGAGCAAAAACUUGGAGGAUUCUUCUUAAAUUUCCACAUGAAUAUCACAGUUAAGAUCUAUUUUCCAACAAUUCAUACAUGUUUGUGUUUUCAACUUUAAAAAAAAGUCAAGGGGAGUAUUCUGAACCAUCUUUGGUCUGGCAUGCCUCCAGGUUCUACAAUCUUUUUCUUGCUCUAGUAAAUUUUGUUAAAUUGAAAAAAAUUUUAAAAAUUAAAUUUCAAAAACAAUCCAUAAUUUACAAGCUAUUUUUAAAAAUAAGUAAACAUAUAAUUUAGGUUUGCUCAAUAGUAAGUUCCAUCUGAAAAGGACUUCUAUCUACCAUUUCAAUGGUUUUCUUAAGAUUUUUAUCCCACCAACCAUGAAUGCCCCACAUUCAUGAAUAGGACACCAUUUCUGAGACUGAGAAAAGGAGGCUGUCAUGCCAGUGACCUAUAUUUAGCUCUGAAACCCAGUCCACUGCCACAAUCCACUGGAAACUCUCCAUCCACCAAGCGAGAGGUCACAACCCUCAGUUGAAAAAACACUCUAAUUUGCCAAAAAGUUAAGAGGAUCUUUUCCAAGAGUUUAAUUACUUCACUGCUCAUUAUCAAGCUGUGAGACUUAAGAAAUUUUUAGUUAUGAAGGCUUUGCUCAUUUUCCAAGAAACAAAUUGCCAAUAUGAAUGAUGAAAAAAACGAAAUGCAGAAAAUUCAGUGUCCUUACUUUCCUCGCAAUCUGUCAGAAGCUUCAAGCUAUCCUUCCAUACCACUGGAGUUUUUGUCAGAAACUGAUGAAGGACCCUCAAAAAGGCACAGGAACAUCAUCUUCAGCGGGCUAUUUCCGCACAGCAGGUAUAUGGCGAGAAGAGGGAUAAUAUGGUUAUACCAGUCCCAGAAGCAGAAAGUAAUAUUGCUUAUUAUGAAUCUAUAUAUCCUGGGGAAUUUAAGAUGCCAAAGCAGCUCAUUCACAUACAGCCUUUUAGUUUGGAUGCUGAACAGCCUGAUUAUGAUUUGGAUUCUGAAGAUGAAGUAUUUGUGAAUAAACUGAAGAAGAAAAUGGACAUCUGCCCAUUGCAAUUUGAGGAGAUGAUUGACCGACUAGAAAAAGGCAGUGGUCAGCAGCCAGUCAGUCUGCAGGAAGCCAAACUACUGCUAAAAGAAGAUGAUGAAUUAAUUAGAGAAGUUUAUGAAUACUGGAUUAAAAAGAGAAAAAACUGUCGAGGGCCAUCUCUUAUCCCUUCAGUAAAACAGGAGAAGCGAGAUGGUUCCAGCACAAAUGAUCCUUAUGUGGCUUUUAGAAGACGCACUGAAAAAAUGCAAACUCGAAAAAAUCGCAAAAAUGAUGAAGCCUCUUAUGAAAAAAUGCUUAAGCUGCGGCGAGACCUAAGUCGGGCUGUAACUAUUCUAGAGAUGAUAAAAAGAAGAGAAAAGAGUAAAAGGGAGCUAUUGCACUUAACACUGGAAAUUAUGGAAAAGAGGUAUAAUUUGGGUGACUACAAUGGAGAGAUCAUGUCUGAGGUUAUGGCACAAAGACAGCCAAUGAAACCUACUUACACCAUCCCUAUCAUCCCUAUCACUAACAGCAGUCAGUUUAAACAUCAGGAAGUGAUGGAUGCGAAGGAGUUUAAAGUUAAUAAGCAAGAUAAAGCUGAUCUUAUCCGACCUAAACGGAAAUAUGAAAAGAAGCCUAAAGUCUUACCAUCGCCUGCUGCUGCUACUCCUCAACAGAUGAGUCCUGCUGCACUGCCAGUCUUCAAUGCUAAAGAUUUAAAUCAGUAUGACUUUCCCAGCUCAGAUGAAGAACCUCUCUCCCAGGUUUUGUCUGGCUCUUCAGAAGCUGAGGAAGAAAAUGACCCUGAUGGUCCUUUUGCUUUCCGUAGGAAAGCUGGCUGUCAGUACUAUGCUCCUCACUUAGACCAAACUGGCAAUUGGCCUUGGACUAGUCCUAAAGAUGGAGGAUUAGGGGAUGUGCGAUAUAGAUACUGCUUAACUACUCUCACUGUACCCCAAAGGUGUAUUGGAUUUGCACGACGACGGGUUGGGCGCGGUGGAAGGGUCUUACUGGACAGAGCUCACUCAGACUAUGACAGUAUGUUUCGCCACCUGGAUUUGGAAAUGCUUUCCUCACCACAACAUUCUCCAGUCAAUCAGUUUGCCAAUACCUCAGAAACAAAUACCUCGGACAAACCUUUCUCGAAAGACCUCAGUCAGAUACUAGUCAAUAUCAAAUCAUGUAGAUGGCGGCAUUUUAGGCCUCGGACACCAUCCCUACAUGACAGUGACAAUGACGAACUCUCCAGUAGAAAGUUAUAUAGGAGUAUAAAUCGAAUAGGAACAGCACAACCUGGGACCCAGACAUGCAGUACCUCUACGCAAAGUAAAAGUAGCAGUGGUUCAGCACACUUUGCAUUUACAGCCGAACAAUACCAGCAACAUCAACAGCAACUGGCACUAAUGCAGAAACAGCAGCUUGCACAAAUUCAGCAACAGCAAGCAAAUAGUAAUUCCUCCACCAACACUUCACAGAACCUUGCAUCUAACCAGCAGAAAAGUGGCUUUCGCCUGAAUAUACAGGGUUUAGAAAGAACAUUACAGGGUUUUGUUUCCAAGACUUUGGAUUCUGCUAGUGCUCAAUUUGCUGCUUCUGCUUUGAUGACAUCAGAACAACUGAUGGGAUUCAAGAUGAAGGAUGAUGUGGUGCUUGGGAUUGGGGUGAAUGGCGUCCUUCCAGCCUCAGGAGUAUACAAGGGCUUACACCUCAGUAGUACUACACCAACAGCACUUGUACAUACAAGUCCAUCAACAGCAGGUUCAACUUUGUUACAGCCUUCAAACAUUACACAGACUUCAAGUUCCCACAGUGCACUGAGUCAUCAAGUAACUGCUGCCAAUUCUGCAACAACUCAGGUUCUGUUUGGGAACAACAUUCGAUUAACUGUACCUUCAUCAGUUCCCACUGUAAACUCUAUUACCCCAAUAAAUGCACGACAUAUACCUAGGACUUUAAGUGCUGUUCCAUCAUCUGCCUUAAAGCUGGCUGCCGCAGCAAACUGUCAAGUUUCCAAGGUCCCAUCUUCAUCCUCUGUAGAUUCAGUUCCAAGAGAAAAUCAUGAAUCAGAAAAGCCAGCACUGAACAACAUAGCAGACAAUACAGUAGCGAUGGAGGUGACGUAGCUUCCUCAGGAGUGGAAUGCAGCCUGGGGACAUGAUUAGGUGCUAUGCAUCAGUAGCAUUGAAUGCAAGGGAUGACGGAAUGCAGCACAUGCGUUUCUAUGGCAGCUGUGGGGACUUGACAGCAAUGCUCAUCUCUCAUGCUUCAAUUUUUCUUUUCUUACUGUUAAUAGGAAAAAAAUCAACAUCUGUAAAUUAAGAAUACAGCAAUUAUCUGUACAGUACUGCAUAUUUGUAAUACCCUUGUAUAUAUGUUACUUGAAUACAGAAAUGUUCAUUUGUGAUGCUUUGCACUUGGGGGUGGGGGGUGGGGGUAAUAAAUUGCAACAAAGAGUGUGAGAUGUGAGAUUGUAUAGAGAUGAAGUGUCAUCACAUCAUGUGCAUGGUGCGGAACCUGCUGUUUUAUCUAUUUAUUGUGCCGUGUUUACAGUUUUUUGUACACUGUACCUUCAUUGGUUCCUGUGCUGUAGUAAAUGUGUUAGGUAGCUGUGGACUCCUUGGUAUUUUGUAAAUGGUAUAACAUAACUUGGUUCCCCUCUGGGUCCUUGAGUUUUCUGUGUAUCAUGUGAAAAAAAUGGUGACAUACAUACAGAAUUUUACAAAAAAAAACAAAAAAGGCAUCAGUUUUUUAAACAUGGGGAAUGUACUGUUAAAUGGGGAUCUUCCUGGUCUACUACUAUUAGGACGAGUAACAAGCUAAAAAUGAAGUCUCUUGAAUCCUCCCAUCCCCACCUGCCCACCAAGCUGUGGGUGGUUUCUGGUACUUAAAGCACUAAUGUUAUGUUGCUGCUCUGCAAACAGCCCAGUAGUCCCAUUUCCUUCCACACCAAAAAGUGUUAAAUCAAGUAUGCAAAUGGAGUCCUUACAACUGGAGUUUAUGUUGUCUUGCCCUUUUUUUAGCACAAAAAAAAAACUGUACUUUUUUAUUGUCGAAUUGUUUAAAAGACUUCAUUCUUUACUUGUUCUUAUAAAAAAGGAUAUAAGGGAGAAGAAUGCAGUAAUUGCUGUACGUGUAUCAUCAUUCCAGUAUCUAAAAACAGCCAGCCAGCUUUUUUCCUUUUAAGAUUCUCCAGAAGGCUGCAAGGCCAGAACCACAAAUAUCGGGUGCCUUCCUUUGGAAAUAUUUGACCUCUCUUCUGUGAAGAGAAUGGUACUUAACAGACUACUACUAGUGCUUUGUCAGUACCGAAGUCUGAAUGCCCAGUCCAAUGGCAUACAUUAUCCUUAAGGUUUUUAAUCCCACCUGGAAAAAUUGUGAUAGAAUUCUCACAAAAUAAACCCAGGGCAUUACAUGUUGACAAACUAAUGUGUAGUGGUCUUUUGCUUUUAUUUUCAACCCAAGAACUUUUGUGCUAUUUUAAUUAUAAUUAUUCCAUAAGGGGGGGUGAUAACUUCAUGUUCAUCUCAACAAUUAUUUAUUACAUGACUAAUGACUACUAUAUGCCUGGAACCGUUUUAGGUCCUAUAGCAAUGAGGGAAAUAAGAACCUGCUCUCAUGGAACUUAUGAUCUCAUUGGAGAGAAAAGUUAAUAAAAUUUUAAAUGUAUUGUGAUUUGUGUUAGGAAGAAAAGUAAAGCAAGUAAGGGGAAAGACAGUGC